CUGUCCUUUCACAUCCUCUAGCCGGUUCACGGAAAACUCACAAAUUUAAAGCCCUUUAUCAAACCUCCUGUCAAGCAUCGGCCAACUUACCGCAAACUGUUCGAGAAAGCGCCUAAAUUCCAAACCCAACCAUGUCUUCUGCCGAGGCCGAACGCGAGCCCAACCCCGCCGAAUUGGCCGACCGCGAGCGCGAGGAGAAGGAGCGCAAGGCGAAGGAAGACGCCGAGCAAGCGAAGCUGCCAUACAAGUGGACGCAGACAAUCAAAGACGUGGACGUGAUAAUUCCCGUACCGGGAAAUCUUAGGGGAAGGGAUCUGGAUGUGGUUUUGACCAAGACUAAGAUCAAGGUGGCGGUUAAGGGGCAGGAGCCUAUUAUCGAGGGAGACCUUCCUCACCCGGUUAUACUUGACGAGUGCUCAUGGACACUGGAGACGACAUCGCAACCGCCUGGAAAGGAAGUGGCGGUUCAUCUGGACAAGGUUAAUAAGGUCGAGUGGUGGCCGCAUGUGGUGACUUCUGCGCCCAAGAUCGAUGUCAGUAAGAUCACGCCCGAGUCAUCGAAGUUGAGUGAUUUGGACGGGGAGACCAGGGCUAUGGUUGAGAAGAUGAUGUACGAUCAGCGACAGAAGGAAAUCGGCGGCAUGAGCAGCGAUGAGCAGCGCAAGAUGGAUCUUCUGAAGAAGUUCCAGGCGGAACAUCCGGAAAUGGACUUCUCCAAUGCGCAGAUUGGUUAGCUGAUGGGUCGUUCUAGAUGUGUAUGAAAGUAAUGAGCAUUAGUCUUUUUUCGAAAACGACAUUAGUAUUCAAUAUUUUGAUUUGUUCAAUGCGCACGGGCUAUGCUAUUAAGUAAACAUUCCGAGGAUACAUCAAGAUGGUUGAUCCUGAAGGCCGAAUACGAGAGCUACCCGGUUAGGAAUAGCGGCGUGUAUACGUGACAGUCGGCAAUGCUUUAUGCUAUAGUAGUAUGUGACAUGGUCCAUGCGAAAACCCUUAUUUAUAGCCCCAACUACCGUGUGAACACCAGAGAUAAUGCACAUAUCCCCAUGGCAUCCAUUUCGUGACUUUUCAUGCUUAACAACCAUGCAUCUCCCAAUACUUGAAGUUGCAGCGGUCGGUUCGCCAAGACCCUGAGACAGAACAGUCGAUGCCUACAAGGAACAAUUUGCGAUUUAAGAAUUCAUUGUGCAUGAGUGGUAUAAGGCGUUCGACUUGGAACUUUCAAUAGUUGGAAGUCAUUGGAUCUCCUCGGGAGAUGGUCAAGUCCCACCCGUGUCGGUUGAUCAUCCGUUCAGUUGGUCAACUUCAGUAUCCACAAAAAUACCCCGUCCAGAUCGAUGGUCCAGAAGUGCCAUAUCAGACGGAGUAUCAACGAUUACAAGUAACAUGUUCUUUCUUUUUGUGGCUCAAGG